UACGACUGAAAAAAAUUAGGCGUUUUCUCUCGAACGAUAAAAGCCGAAGUUAUUUCUGCCUAAAACCUUUGAUUGAACAGCAGAUGUGAUUUUCUCUCACCACACUGAAGCAAAAGGAAGCGAUCUCUCGGAUAUUAUCAUUUUCUACAUAAAAAAAAAAGGCAUUGCGGUUUUCUCUCUCUGUAGAUUGCAAAAUUAGAGGGAUCUCGUGAUGAAAUAAUUCUUUUGGCGGGUCAGGGGGAUGUAAUUUUCUCUCUCCAGAGAUAAACUGCAAAUGGAUGGUUCAGAAGCCAAGAAGUAUGUUUGGGAGGGGGCCAUCCCUUUGCAGAUCCACCUCCAUGAAUCUGAAGUCACCACUCUUCCUGCUCCUCCUCCUGCUUUGGUUUUAGGUCCUCGUAAUGGGUACUUGCCUCUAUUAAUACCUCUAAUAAAGCCUCAUUUUAGUAGCACACUUCCUCCUGGAUUGGACACUGUUUGGUUUGAUUACAAAGGCUUGCCAUUAAAAUGGUAUAUACCAACAGGGGUUCUUUUUGAUCUUCUAUGUGCUGAACCAGAAAGGCCUUGGAAUUUAACGGUCCAUUUCAGAGCGUAUCCUUCAGAGACUUUGAGUCCCUAUGAGGGCGAGGACAGUGUAAAGUGGAGCUUCAUUAACUCAUUGAAAGAGGCAGCAUAUAUAAUGAAUGGGAACUGCAAGUGUGUCAUGAACAUGUCACAGCCUGACCAGCUAAUGCUUUGGCAGAGCGUGGUGAAAGGUGAUCUGGAAUGCUACACACGUAUAUUUUCGAGGCUCAAGUUUGGGACCAUUGGAGAAGGCAGGAUUCCUGUUCGCUUGUACUUAAGGAUUGUCAGUGAGAAACUGAAUGACUUGGAAGAUUUACCUCCAAUCAGUAGUUGGGACGAAAUCCGCUACAUAAACAGACCGGUUGAACUCCAAAAAUAUGGUGUCUGCUCUCUACGAGACGCAUUGGAAAGUCUACUGCCUGAGUUGUUCAUGCCCAAAUCUUCAAUGAGAGAUCUAAGGAUGAGAGAAAAAGAGUCAGGUGGUGGGCCUUCAGGAAUUAAAUCUGCCCUAGGGCCUGAUGACUUUGAAGUAAUAAAGAAUACUGGGGAUGAAGCUGAACAAACACACAACAUUGCAUCAACAGAAGUGGACUCAGUCGAGAGCUCUUGUCUCAAGCUUAUUCGUAUUCAAGGGAUUGAACCCAAUCUGGACCUGCCUUUCUCUUGGGCUGCUAACCAUUUGAAAAACCCUGAACACAUUCUUCAUAUAUGUCUGUAUAUCUUAAACAAUGAAAGCCAAAUCUGAUGCAUUACUACGCGUGCGGGUUUUGAUUUGUUUUUAUUUUCCUUUUGGUAAUGAGGCUGGGUUUGGCGGUUUCCACAUGUAUAGAUUCUUUGAUCCAUUUAUAACUGAACUCAUUUGUUUUUUUUUUGAGGAAUGUUGACAUAUAACUGAACUGAACUCGCUUGUUUUGAAUGAA